UCGACUACUUUCCCAAACUAAAUUUAGGGUAGGCGGGGUUCGAUGUUUUCAAAAUUCGAAAAAAAAAACAACGAUCUCUUUGAGUAUGGAGUCUGAAUCCAAUUUACUUCACAAACAUACAGAACAAUUGAUUAACGGUAUGAUGUCCUUUCUUGAUGAUACCCCAGAAUGUUACAAAAAAGAAGAUUUUGAUGAGACAAAGAAUCCCCUCUGUGCUGGAAUAAAAAACAUAAUCGAAAUGUUUCCACCACCACCACCUCAGCCACCACCAUCAGCGUUUCAAGGCCUAAACAUGAAAAGCCAACCAUUUUCAAGCAACAAUAAUAUGAAAACCAAUCACAUGGACAAAGCAUGUCGGUACAAGGAUCCUUACAUGCAGGAAGUAAAUAGAUUAAUGUUUUGUUCAACUAUGGGUCAUCCAGCGAAUGGUUCGCCAGAAUACUUUCAAGCUGCCGAAAGUUAUGCACUCUACGGAAAGGAGUUUCUUGAUUUCCCCACAGAUAUUAAAUUCCCCAAACCGAUGGAUGUUAGCUGUUUUGGGGAUUUUCCAUCUCAGUUUCCUAAUUCAAUUCCAAAAUCAAGCCCAUCGCAAGUGUUUGGAAUGACAACAGGAAAGAAUCCCAAUAUGGCUAAUACUACAACUAGUGUCCCUCAAUUGCCAGUUAUGAUGAAUCCUACAAACUAUUGGGGUUAUCCCUUUUACCAGACACCAAAUCUAGUCCAGCCACUAAUGUAUUCAAAUCCUUUCCUAAUGACACAGUAUUUGAAUAUGUUUGUUAGAGAAACGCAAAUAAAUACAUCAAUUGUGCAGCAACAGCAAUUUUUAAGUGGAGGAGGUGGAAUUCAUGAAAGACUUGUUUAUGCUCAGAUGCUUCAGCAACAAACUCAAACAAAUCAAAGUUUUCAAGGGAAUUCUUGUCUAACAACAAUUUGUAGUGGAAAUGGAUUGGGUAAGACAAAAAUUAGUAAAUUACAAGAAUUGAAAAAAAUUGAACCGCCAAGUCAAGCUAAUAACGAUGGAAGUGCUUUUAUGAAGGCGAUUUUAAAUGUGAAGAAUAAUUUGUGUGAGAAUAAUAAGUUAGAGGUAGAUGAUUGAUUUGUUGAUUACUUAUUAUUGAUUGUUAUGCAUUUUUGUUGAAAUAUUUAAAUAGUUUGUUAAAAAUUUAAAA